ACCCAGGAAAUAAGGGUGGAAAAAAAGAAAAGAAAGCAUGCCAAUUGCCAAAUGAAGUAGAAAGUGAGAGUGCCCUAUUAUGUGCGCAAUUCACCGCCCCACCUAAAGUCUAAGACCACCACCCACCGUACCCCGUCUUCUUCCUCCACCCCCCUUUUUUCCCCUCUUCUUCUUUGCCUAGGAAAAAUUAAGUCUUUUUCAAAGAAACUACUUUUCUUAACUUUUUUUUUUUCCUUCUAUCUCAAAUUUAUUGUCUUAUUUUUCAAUCAAAGAUUUGUUCUUUUCAUUUCUGUUAGCUCUAAUCUUACUACUGAUUCUAUCAUUAAUGUCUUUAGUCCUAUAAAAUCGGGUCUAUUCUUUGAUUAGAUCUCUAUUUUUCUUCCUUGAUUAUCAUCAAAGUUGACACCUUUUUUAUUAUUAAUUAUUAUUGUUGUAGAUGUAUACAAAGAACCCAUCUUUUUCAAUCCCUAAACCAUGUAAACAUCUCUCAAAUUUCAAGCUAAAAAAUGGGUUGAAUUGCUAUUCCCACCUCCAAAAUUUCCUUAAAACAACCCCAAAUGAUAAAUUAAGCUUAACCCAUUGCAAAAAUGAGGUACCCAGAUGUGAAUUUUGUUCUGGGUAUAAUGGUAGAUUUUACUUUUGCUUAAUCUGUUCUGAAAUUUCUUGUUGUUUAACCCCAGAUUCAAAUCAUGCUCAUUUGCAUUCUGACUCAAAUAAAGGCCAUGAAAUAGCUGUUGAUCUUGAUAGGGCUGAAUUAUAUUGUUGUGUGUGUUGUGAUCAGGUGUAUGAUCCUGAUUUUGAUAGGGUUUUGGUGUCACAAAAAUUUGAGGGAAUGAAAAACCAAAAAGUUGUUACUAGUAGUAUUAGAAAGGUAUCAUUAGUUGAGUUAGAUUUGAUGAAAUCCAAACAAUUGAUUGUUGUAAGGCGAGAUCCGAGGUCGAAAAUGGUUUAUCCUUUAGGAUUGAGGGGUUUGAACAAUUUGGGUAGUACUUGUUUUAUGAACUCUGUGUUGCAGGCAUUGCUUCAUGCUCCUCCUUUGAAGAAUUACUUCUUGAGUGAUCGACAUCAUAGAAAAUUUUGUAGAAAAAGAUCAGCUGAUCAACUUUGUUUGCCUUGUGAUAUUGAUGGUCUUUUUUCUGCUGUGUUUUCUGGUGAUCGCACUCCUUAUAGCCCUGCUCAGUUUCUUUACAGUUGGUGGUUGCACUCAGAAAAUCAUGCAACAUAUGAGCAACAGGAUGCACAUGAAUUCUUUAUAUCAAUUCUUGACCAAAUACAUGAGAAAGAAUCCAAGAACUUGAAGCUGACAGGAGAUGUAAGGGACUGUGAGUGCAUUGCACAUAGGGCGUUUUCCGGCCUUUUGCGAUCGGAUUUGUCUUGCACAGUAUGUGGAUCCACUUCAACCACCUACGAUCCUUGCAUGGACAUCUCCCUUGACUUGGAUAGCCAAACAGCCCAAGCGAGUAGCAGCGUCAACAUGGCGACACUUUCGAGUUGCCUGUAUCAUUUUACAAGGUCCGAGAAGCUGGGAUCUGAUCAGAAGCUUUAUUGUGAAAAUUGUCAAGAAAGGCAGGAAUCAUUGAAACAAAUGUCAUUCAAACAACUGCCCUUGGUGCUGUGCCUGCAUAUUAAAAGGUUUGAGCACUCCCUUGCUCGGAAAGUAUCCAAAAAGAUAGACCAAUACCUACAGUUCCCCUUCUCCUUAGACAUGGCCCCAUAUCUGUCAUCCACAAUAGUCAGAAACAGGCAUGGAAAUAGAAUGUUUGCUUUUGAAGAUGAUGAAGCUGAUACAGUUACAGAAUAUGAGAUUUUUGCUGUGGUGACUCAUUCGGGGAUGCUUGAAUCUGGGCAUUAUGUAACUUUCCUACGUUUAAAUAACCAGUGGUAUAAAUGUGAUGAUGCUUGGAUAUUGGAGGUUGACGAAGCAACUGUCAGAGCAUCGCAGUGUUAUAUGAUAUUCUAUCUGCAGAAGAUGUUCUAUCACAAAACAAGUGAGGAUUUGAGCUGUUCACCCAUUUCCCCUCGAAGAGAUGCUUUUCUUCCUAUAGCUGGUUGUUGCUGAUAACUGGUGUGUGUGUGCUGGAUUUCAAGAGGCUUGGAAAUUACCAUAUGGAGUGUAUGGCGAAAGGUCACACUCACGUUGCAAAGCUCGGGAAACACCUGAUCUCUGCAAUCAACCCUGCAGCGAUGGAUGCUCGAGAUAUGAGGGACCCAAGUGAUUUUCGGGUUGAGAUUUAAUUUGAUUCAAAAGGUGCUGCGUCUUCUGACUACUUACCUGGAACGAAGCUGAUAAGCUUCACUACGGUACAAACUGCAGAUGAUGCCAUGCUGCUAACCGUAAUUGGCUAAAUUUCGCUGAUAACAAUUGCAGCGACAGAGUUGGAGGGUGGAACGCCGUGCUUGUUAGAAUGCAAACUUUCCUGCUACAGAAAAAAAAAAUCUGAUGAAACUGAGCAAUUGUGCAUUCUGAACUACUUUUAGCAUUGGCCUAGAAUUUGGUAAGAGGAUUUGAAGAAAUCUUGUAUAGAAUAUAAGUGAACAGUUAAAAAUGAUUGGUCUUUCUAACAUUUUCUUCAUGCUGUAAUGAGUAAUGACCCUGAAUUUUUCCUGUGGUCAAUUUGAAGUUUAUCAGAAAAUAGUAAUUUCUUUCCA